AUGGGUUCCCUCAGUCCAGACUUCAAGAAGCCCUGGAUCCAAACACCAUGCAUCGCAUCAGCGACCCUCUCCCGCGCAGCAGGAUGCAACAUCUUCCUCAAACUUGAGAACCUCCAGCCCUCUGGGUCCUUCAAAUCCCGUGGCGUCGGCAACCUCAUGGUCCGCGCCGCGGCCGACGCCGCACCCGGCCAAGACUCCCACUUCUACUGCUCCUCCGGCGGCAACGCCGGCCUCGCCUGCGCGACGUCGGCCAUCGCCCUGAACCGCAAGGCCACCAUCGUCGUGCCAAUGACUACCUCCCCGCUCAUGAUUUCCAAGCUGCGCCUCCUCGGCGCCGACGUCCGCCAGAUCGGCGCCAACUGGGCCGAGGCGGACCGCCACCUCCGCGAGGAGAUGCUCGGCAAGGACACCGCUGGCGUGUACGUCCCUCCCUUUGACCACCCGCACGUCUGGGACGGCGCGUCCACCAUCGCCGACGAGCUGGUCUCGCAGAUGGGCGCGGCGGACGUCGAGGUCAGCGCCAUAGUGUGCUCCGUUGGCGGCGGCGGCCUGCUGGCCGGUCUCGCGCAGGGCGUCUCGCAGAACCGGUGGCCCGGCGACGGCCGAGAGCCGCGGCUGGUGGCCGUGGAGACCGUCGGCGCCGACAGCCUCAACGCGAGCGUCCUUGCUGGAGAGCUGGUUACGCUGCCCGGGAUCAAGUCCAUUGCGGGUUCCCUCGGGGCGGUGCGUGUUGCGGCGAGGGCGUGGGAGGUGGCGAGGGACACGCCCGGCUUCCAGAGCGUGACGGUCACCGAUGCGGAGGCGGCCUUGGCGUGUGUGCGCUUCGUCGAUGAUGCGCAGUUGGUGGUUGAGGUUGCUUGUGGUGCGACGAUUGCGACCGCCUAUAAUGGCGCGCUCAGGAAGCAUUUGGGUGCCGGCCUGUCGGAUGAGGAGUGGGCGAAGCAGAACAUUGUGCUCAUUGUUUGCGGCGGUUCCAAUGUCACAAUGGAGAUGUUGAACGAAUACAGUGCAACGUUUGGGAAUGCGUGA